CCAAAGAGGCCGUUGGGCCUGGAGUGGGGUUGGGGGUCCGAGAGGAGUUGGGUGACAACCCCCACCCCAUCCCGGGUCCAGCUGUUUCAGCCCCUCUCGGCGCGCCGAUACUAUCAGCCCCACCCGCCCUCCAUCGAGUCCCGUGCCGCUCCCAAACCGCACGAUAAGCCCCACAGGGAGUGCGCCAUAGGCCGGGGCGCGUCACGGGGCCAGGGCGGGGCGGGCCGGAGUCCGGACGUCGGGAGCAGGAUGGCGGCGGAGCAGGACCCCGAGGCGCGGGCGGCGGAGCAGGACCCCGAGGCGCGGGCGGCGGCGCGGCCGCUGCUCACUGACCUCUACCAGGCCACCAUGGCGUUGGGCUAUUGGCGCGCGGGCCGGGCGCGGGACGCCGCCGAGUUCGAGCUCUUCUUCCGCCGCUGCCCGUUCGGCGGCGCCUUCGCCUUGGCCGCCGGCUUGCGCGACUGUGUGCGCUUCCUGCGCGCCUUCCGCCUGCGGGACGCCGACGUGCAGUUCCUGGCCUCGGUGCUGCCCCCAGACACGGACCCUGCGUUCUUCGAGCACCUUCGGGCCCUCGACUGCUCCGAGGUGACGGUGCGAGCCCUGCCCGAGGGCUCCCUCGCCUUCCCGGGCGUGCCGCUCCUGCAGGUGUCCGGGCCGCUCCUGGUGGUGCAGCUGCUGGAGACACCGCUGCUCUGCCUGGUCAGCUACGCCAGCCUGGUGGCCACCAAUGCAGCGCGGCUUCGCUUGAUCGCAGGGCCAGAGAAGCGGCUGCUAGAGAUGGGCCUGAGGCGGGCUCAGGGCCCCGAUGGGGGCCUGACAGCCUCCACCUACAGCUACCUGGGCGGCUUCGACAGCAGCAGCAACGUGCUAGCGGGCCAGCUGCGAGGUGUGCCGGUGGCCGGGACCCUGGCCCACUCCUUCGUCACUUCCUUUUCAGGCAGCGAGGUGCCCCCUGACCCGGUCAGUCCCUCCUCUAAACCCUGCUGUCUCCAGGCGACAGGCCCCAAGCCAGCCGUUGCCCUGGCGAGAGGUGUGCCACCCAGGCAGGUCACCCCAGUGCUGUCCCAGGAAGCUGGCACGGGCUGCAUUACCUUUGCUCUCAAACUAGGGUGUCCCUGGCUGCUCCCAGGCCUCAUCUUGCAUUCCUGGCCCCCAUUCUUCACCGACUCUGUUCUACAGAUGUUGGCGCCCGCAGCUGGUGAGGGCCCUGGGGUGGACCUGGCAGCCAAAGCCCAGGUGUGGCUGGAGCAGGUGUGUGCCCACCUGGGGCUGGGGGUGCAGGAGCCGCACCCAGGCGAGCGGGCAGCCUUUGUGGCCUAUGCCUUGGCCUUUCCCCGGGCCUUCCAGGGCCUCCUGGACUCCUACAGCGUGUGGAGGAGUGGUCUCCCCAACUUCCUAGCAGUCGCCCUGGCCCUGGGAGAGCUGGGCUACCGGGCAGCGGGCGUGAGGCUGGACAGCGGUGACCUGCUACAGCAGGCUCAGGAGAUCCGCAAGGUCUUCCGAGCUGCUGCAGCCCGGUUCCAGGUGCCCUGGCUGGAGUCAGUCCUCAUCGUAGUCAGCAACAACAUUGACGAGGAGGCGCUGGCCCGACUGGCCCAGGAGGGCAGUGAGGUGAAUGUCAUUGGCAUUGGCACCAGUGUGGUCACCUGCCCCCAACAGCCUUCCCUGGGUGGCGUCUAUAAGCUGGUGGCCGUGGGGGGCCAGCCACGAAUGAAGCUGACCGAGGACCCCGAGAAGCAGACGUUGCCUGGGAGCAAGGCUGCUUUCCGGCUCCUGGGCUCUGACGGGUCUCCACUCAUGGACAUGCUGCAGUUAGCAGAAGAGCCAGUGCCACAGGCUGGGCAGGAGCUGAGGGUGUGGCCUCCAGGGGCCCGGGAGCCCUGCACCGUGAGGCCAGCCCAGGUGGAGCCACUACUGCGGCUCUGCCUCCAGCAGGGACAGCUGUGUGAGCCGCUCCCAUCCCUGGCAGAGUCUAGAGCCUUGGCCCAGCUGUCCCUGAGCCGACUCAGCCCUGAGCACAGGCGGCUGCAGAGCCCUGCACAGUACCAGGUUGGGGGGAGGCCCGCCCUGUCAUUCUGCCCUGUGCACCCCCGCCCUCACCCUGCCCACCGCUCCCCUCCUCUGCUCCCUGCAGGUGGUGCUGUCCGAGAGGCUGCAGGCCCUGGUGAACAGUCUGUGUGCGGGGCAGUCCCCCUGAGAGUCGGAGCGGGGCUGACUGGAAACAACACGAAUCACUCACUUUUCCCCACAGCUUGUCCUGUGUUGUUUGUGUCGUUUGUUCACCCAGCCCACGGGCUGCGCCUCCCGGGCUGGGGCUGGGCUGGAGUCGGGAAUCUGAGCUCGAGGUAGCAGGAAGAUUUGCAUCCCAGUGAAAGCACAGGCCCUGCCGGGGUGGGAGACAGCCCUGUGCUGAAGCCC